CCCACCCCCACCCCGUAUGGCCUCCCUUGUAGACAGAUUGCUGUACGCACAACCCUAAAUCUAUCGGUUUUGGUCUCUCUCGCCGCCGGAUCGCCGGUCCCCAACCCCCACGGCCGCCUCCGUCAGUAAGGCAUCGCCAUGUCUGCCGCUCCAGAAGCUCCUCCUUCCGAAGGUCCUCCAUCGUUCAUCGCCAUGUCUGCCGCUCCGGAAGCUCCUCCUUCCGAAGGUCCUUCAUCGUCGGUCGCCAUAUCCACCUCCCCCUUCCCCAACUGGAUACUGCUGGAGAGCUUUGUCUUCCGCAGGGACGACAAGAAGUCUUUUCCGGACGACACAAAGGCACCCAUCAGGGCGUCCGGCAUCACCUCCUGGAACGCUCCCUUCCGGAUUGCCUUCUCCCUUGCCAAGCCCCCGCUCGCUUCCCGCCUCUAUGCAAAGUUGCGACGCUUUCCAGAUCCUAGUCAAGAGACGCCUUUAGCCAUAGUGGCGACCCACUUCAAUCUACUGCUGCUUCGCGUAGGUACCAAAAUCCCUGCACGAGGGCUAGUGCAGGACUUCUUUAUCUGCAAUGCCUAUGAACCUUCCACGCUCAAAGCUUUGCCUCCUUGUAGAGAGCCCUACACAGAUUAUAGCCGCAGCAGCGGUGACAACCUACCUCGUGGUCGACCCCUCCAGAAGGAGGAGCGACGCCUGCUUGAGGUUCAAUCAAUGGGGCUCUUGUGCGGAGGCGGGGAGAAGUUUGCGGUGGCAGAGCUCUGCGUUUUCAAGACCAUCCACUUAAAAUCAUAUGCUGACAUUUGUUUGCUAUGCUCUCCCACAUCAGCCGCCCCUGUCCUUGGCGGCAAUUGGAACUCGUUCCGUGUACCAAUCCUUGGCAUUGACAGCAAUGAUCCAUGGCACAUUUGUUGCUGGGACACUGACACUGUCAUUACUUUUAGGCACUGGCUGUGCUGGAUCGAUUAUCAUCGUGGUAUUCUAUUCUUUGACGUGUUCGGAGAGCCUGUCCCUACCGUCACAUUCCUUGCUUUUCCUCUUGAUGAGUAUCCUUCCCCGCACAGUCUCAAAGAGGUCAAGCCAUCCAGCCCUCUCAAAUCCAGCCGGUUGUAUCGUGGUGCGUCUGUCUUAUUUGGUGGCAAUAUGAUCAAAUUUGUCAAUGUCACCCGCCACGACGGCAUUGGUUAUGGAGAACUCAAACCUCGUUCAGGCUUCACCAUCACCUGCCACACCCUCGAGUUAGGCGACACCCCAGUGAUAGGCAAUGCAAGGUGGAAGUUAGACUACAAGAUUACUUCUGAUGAGCUUUGGUCCGCCAAUCCUCCUGAGCAUCUUCCACACAACAUUCUCAUGUUCCCUCAAAUAGACUUAGACAUGCCACAUCUAGUGCACUUUAUCAUCAGCGAGUUUGAAUUCGUUAUUAAGAAGAUGUGGUUGGUGUCCAUUGAUAUGAAAACUAAGGAGGUGAAAUCAUUUGCUCCGUACAUCAGUGGGAAGGAAGGACUUGAAACAGACGACGCAGACUUGAUCAGAGAAAGGUCUGACGCUCCCAUGCCCUUCCUACCCUGUGAUUUCUCCAGGUUUCUCCGUCUCUCAAGGUUGAGCAAGGAUAUGGAAUGACUCACGGUGUACAUUUAAGUUCAGCUACCAUGGUAAAAAUACUAUCUACUUACUCUCUUGUAUGCAUCUGCUUACCUUUAGCUCUUGCUGAUUCAUUCCUAUAUUACUGAAUGGACAAAAUGGAAUACAUGCUUUUAGUGCUGUCCUCUUCAUCACUUUAUUCUAUAUGUUCAUAUUUUUGGCUAUGUAAUAGUGCCGCUUUCACUUUGUUAUAGUAAUAUAUUAAUUAAUUGAAUCAUUUAAUAUAUUGUUACCAUUUAUCUUGUUUUGGCUGUUCAAGUGUUUUUAGGAUUGAGCCACCCCAGUUGCGCAGUUACACUGAACUUAAUAUCGAUAAUAAACAAUAACAGCUUGCUGUUCGAUCUUUUGCUCUUUAUGGACUGUCCACUAUCUAUACAUGUAGUUCUUGAUUGAUUCAUUGCUAUAUUACUGAAUGGACAAAAUGGAAUACAUGCUUUUAGUGUUGUCCUCUUCAUCACUUUAUUCUAUAUGUUCAUGUUUUUGGCUAUGUAAUAGUGCCGCUUUCACUUUGUUAUAGUAAUAUAUUAAUUAAUUGAAUCAUUUAAUAUAUUGUUACCAUUUAUCUUGUUUUGGCUGUUCAAGUGUUUUUAGGAUUGAGCCGCCCCAGUUGCGCAGUUACACUAAACUUAAUAUCGAUAAUAAACAAUAACAGCUUGCUGUUCGAUCUUUUGCUCUUUAUGGACUGUCCACUAUCUAUACAUGUAGUUCUUGAUUCAUAACACAGCCUUCUGUUGCUACUAGCUUGCUGUGCUAUUUUGAAGCAAACUCUAGGAACCACACUAUUGUGAUUGCUCUUGUAAAGCAUAAAACAUGAUGGUUCUCCAAUUUCUAUAUCGGAGCAAAUGUCUAUUAUCUACGAACCUUUUAGCACACAUUUUUCUAUUGGUAAAAGUUUUAGAAGGUAUUUUGUUGAAUCUUUGGGUCAAUCAGCUUACAUCUUUGUCUGUUUCCAUUAGGAUCUUUCUGUUCCAUAUAGUGCGUUUUUUUAUGUCGUGUAACUGGAUACCAGGCCAGUGAAAAGCCAUUCUCCCUGCAUGAGAAUUUUAUUAGGUAAACUACUGUAGCAUUAGCCUCGUUGGCCUUCUCAUGUCAUUACCACGUCUUCCUCUUGUUGUCAUUACCACGUGAAACUUGAUCAAGUACAUGAUUACGCUUACAUUAAUAUUUAGGGUGAAACUGUCUUCUCUAUUAGUUUUCCCCACUCUAAUGCCAUUUCUAUUUCUUGUUUGUUUAUUUCGUUUUGAACUAUUGUUGUGUACAUUUUUAAAUGGAUUUUUAACUAGCAAACCCAUCGCACUAGGUUUAGCAAUUCAUCUUAUGUGUCAAUACUGCUCGCAAGCAGCAUAGUCAGAUGUUCAGAUGCUCCCAAAAUUUGUAACUGCCUUCUGAGGUUGUGCCGUGUCGCUUUCUUACAGUAAGGGACUAUUCUUCACCCCAGCCAGCUUGUGUGCCCACGCUCAAAACAACAAACCGAGAGAAACAUAACUUUUGUGAGGUAAUAUUAUAGCGUUGAAGGAGGAACCAGUCCCCACACUAAAAGCACCGUAAACAAAAAGAGUGUAAGGUAAUCUUACAGUUUGCAUGCCAGUCAAUUAUGUCCUGUAGGCGAGGAACCAGCCCUGGCGCAUCUUUCUGUAAUUUUAUGGCUAUUCAGGUAAUCUUACAGUAGGCAGGUGUUCCUGGCUUUUUUGAUAUGUAAGGCUCCGUUCCUAUAUUUCAGGUAUUUUUCGUUAGAUCUAUUAGUAAUAUUUUUUAUUGGACUGAGUACAUAGGGUCUCUAGCAAAAAUAAUUAUGGUAAUUGAUUUAAGUAACAUAGGUCAGUAUCGCAAUUCUGUAGGAGGCAAUUUUGACAACUGUAAGAAACAUAGAUCCCUAAUUCUAUUCUGUACACAAGGAAAUUUUCUUUUUCUGAGGAAACAGCAGGAGCUCUGCCUUUGCAUUAAGAAGAAGAGAAUUUACCAGUUUAUAAGGAAAACUGGCCGAAAACCGAGUACACAAGGAAUUUUUGGUAACCCCAGAACAACAAAGCGGUCUAAUAAAUAGAUUCCAUGCAGUGGUUCUGGGGAAUACGUCACGUAACAAAAACCAUCCUUAAGUUACAAAUAAAAUUUGUUUGGACGAAAUUAAACGCCACUUAGCACUAAGUAACCAGCAUCAUGAAAAUUUCAGAAAUCACUAUUACAAAACUGAAUACAACUGAGCUUGCACCGACUAUUGCCGAACUUGAUCUUUAAGUAUCUUAAUUUGCAGGUGGCCAGAGAUUUUCCAUCAACUUCAUUUGUUCCUCAAUCUCUCGAGCAACUGAAACAUUCUUCUUAAUAGUACCGUAGCCUUUAGGUUCACCUUUCUUCUCUGAAUUUUGCUACUGGUUCUUACAAAAAGUGGGCCUGACAUUUAAAUUUAACAUUACUCGUAUCCACCACAAAUAUGAGGACAUCUCUACCCCUCAUACAUUAACGGUCAUCCACCUGAACAGAUACCUGAAAACUAAAUAUUUUCAGUUGUUAGAAGUAUAUACCAACACACAAGCACAUAUAACACUUGAGGAUUAACAGACUUCACUACCUUACACUGAAAAAAAAAAAUCAAAAUCGAAGACAGCACAGGUGGAUUUUGGAUGUACCAAGUUCAUCAGAAUCACAUGAACCCAUAAAACUCUGGCCGCCGGUGUGAAUUAGAAGUAUAUAGGGAAACAAAUGAAAAGAUGCCUGAUUUUAACUAUUGUUUCAGUGCAAACUAAACAUUGCCUCUUACCAAAUUGUGCCAGAUGAUUGGGUGGGAGUCUUGAUCUAGUAUGUGUCUUAUAAAUGUUUAUGACAUUGUCUAACUAGUCUGAAACCUGUGAGUCAUCAAAAUGAAAUAUAGAAGCAUCUCAAGUCCCUUCAAUAUGGAUUUUUCGUAGUACUACUGGAACUUGUGCUGCUAAACUUCCAUCACUCUGUGAUGAAGGAAAAGGAGCAAAAAAUCGGGAGGAAAUCAUGUGGUAAGCACCUGAAAAGCACUUGAAAAUUUCAUGACAGUACCUGCUUGGUUUACAAUGAACAGUAGCAUGAAAGAGUUACUCCAGCUAAUUUGUCAGACACACAUAACUGGAAGGCAUAGUGCCAAAACCACCCAGCAUAUAGAUGAAUCAAUAUUAAAUGGAACUAAAUAAUGCACGUCUCUAUUCUAGUGGUAAUGUGAUCAAAAGACGGGGAAUAAGAAAUUAACCAUAUUUCAAUGGGUGGCUCUGCAAGAUAGGAAAUAGGUUAAAUGUGAACAAAAUCAACGUCUUAUAGUAUAGAAGAAUCUGAAGCAAAAUGAUGGUGUGGAUUUACUUUACAGUAUCCAUGCCUACUGAAUAAAUUUAAUUGGUGGAGGCUAGCUAGAAUCGCAUGAUUACUCCAAAAAUAGCACAUUCUCAUCCGGUUUAUGCUACAGAAAACAAACAAGCAAUUAGUUGACUGAGGGAGGGUUAAACCAAAAAAUUAGCAAAGAUUGACAGGCUGGAUGAGGGUCAAUGUCCACCUCAUGCAAUUAAAAUAAAUAUAACUCAAAUUUGCAGCUUACCUGAAUAUUGACAGGCUGGGAGAGUGUUAGCGUCCACCAACGUAAGGUUUCCAACCAGCAAAGUACGUAAAUCUAAUAUACUGUACAGAGUCAUCCCACAUUCGCCAGCUGAUGUAAAUUUUUUGAGAUAAGAUAGGAGAUAUGGGGUCAUCAUAAAAUAGGAGCAUGUCCAACUAAUUCAUUUUCCAAGCCUGCACGCGACUAGAUUGCAUCUCUUGUUUACAUCGAUGUAAAACAGGAGCACGCCCAGCUAUAUCGUUCUGUCCAGUGUGUAUCAAUAAAUAGCAAUGAAUAGGUACUUAACCAUUCAUCACUCACCUGAAGCAGUGUAAAAAUAUGAUAACCAAACCUGAAAAAGUUCAGUGUACUCCAGGUGUAUGCAGUGCUUUCACAGAGUUGACAAAGUGCUACAAAUGUACCAUGAAUUGGAAAAAGAAUACCUGAUCCUGCAUCUUGAAAUUUUUGGUAGUUGCUACCAUGUCUCACUUGUGUUAUGGUCUGUACCUAGAGAAUGUUCUGAAGCCUUCCACAUGGAGACCCUCAACAACUACAGGUCAAAGUGAAAAUACAUAUUUUUAUCAGGACGAUUCAAGUUUAAGAAAAGUCGCAUUUGUGUUCUUUAGCAAUAUUAGGUAACCGAAAGGUAUGAUCAGCCAUGAUGGCAGUGUUUCGUCAACUCAACUAACAAAAAAUUAUACUCCCUAUCAGCAAGUCAAUGAAAUUGUGCAUUGAGAUCAUGGUUACUUGAGCUUAAAUGAUUGGUGAUUAUGAGGGUGCCACGAGCGCAGCUUGUUUUUCCACAUUUUCAAGGUAUGAUCGGCCAUGAUGGCAGUGUUUCGACUAACUCAUAACAGAGAAUUAUACUCCCUAUCAGCAAGUCAAUGACAUUGUGUAUUGAGAUCAUGGUUACUUGAGCUUAAAGGAUUGGUGCUUAUUAGGGUGCCAUUCUUUGUUGCUCGUAGCGUGCAGCUUGUUUUUCCACAUCGUUUUGUGCUGUACCUCUUUCCUGUUUCCUACUAUGCCUUGUUCUGCAAUAGAGCAGAUUCACAAUGAUGGGAUUGUCAACCUAAUAUAGUAGCAACAUCCCAACUUGAUUCUAAAUUUAAAUGGCCGGACAUGGUACUUUUCAGUAUCAGGGACAGUCUAAUUCAUUCAAAAUAGUGGAGCUUAUCCAUAAUAGAGAAGAAAAAAAAUAAAAAAUUUGUUGCAGCCUAUUAAAAAGAGACAGGGAGGUGGGCUGGGUUCUAGUCCAGGCACGGAACGUAAAAUUACACUGACCCAGAUAUAAUUUUCUGGCUAGGGACGGUGGACUAGCUUUUCCCCAAUCGCAAAACGGUGGCUUGGCUGGAGGCAAUGUCUGGCUCGGUCUAUCGACCAUUAGUGUUUUGAGUUUUAGCCGCUCGAGUUGUGUAGGUAGACUAAAAACUUCAUAUCGGUAAUAAAUACUACCUCCGUCCCAAUUUAGUUGUCGCAGAAAUGGAUAAAAAUGGAUGUAUCUAUAUCUAAAAUACGUUAAGAUACAUCCAUUUCUGCGACAAGUAAUUCCGGAUGGAGGGAGUAAUACUUUAUAUGAGGUGUAUUUGUUUUUCCAAAAGUCAAAUGAGUGCAUGUUUGACCGAGUUUUUAGAAAAAUAUAUCAUAUCCACAAUAUGAAAUUUAUGUCAUUUGAUCCAUCAUUAAAAGUAGUUUUGUAUUUUAUCUAUAAUCUUUGGUCAAACAUUCAAAUGGUUGACUUGCACGGAAGUCAAUACACCUUUUAUUCUGGAACGGAGAGAGUAAUAGCUUGCUCCUUCUGCCAUCAAGUUAUCCCUGAGAGUCAUAAGAAUCCUCUGUUUCUCCUUGUUGAAUCUUUUGCUCGUUAUGGAGCUGUCCACUAUCUAUACAUGUGUAGUUCUUUAUUCAUUAUGCAGCCUUCUGUUAGUACUAGUUUGGUGUGCUAUUUUGAAGCAAAAACUCUAGGAACCACACUACGGUGAUUGCUCUUGUAAAGCAUAAAACCGUAUGCUGAUUUAUUGCUAUAUUGCUAAAUGGUGCAAAAUGGAAUAUCUGCUUUUAUUGUGCCAUGUCGCUUAUGAUAGUGUUCUGUUCUGCCACUCCUGGAUAACUCUAAUGUAGUGUUAAUCAACGACCAAGCAGUGCAAUUAAUAUUUAUAUCAGAA